AUUAUCGUUAUUGUACAUUUGUGAAAAAAAGACUGUGUUAGUUUAUAUCUAAUGAAAAAUUUGUUGGCUUGUUCGUUACACUAAAAUAAAACAGUAGAAGUGUUUUUUAUUUUUGUGACGGUUAAACGGAAUAUUUUUCUGUACCAAUUAUUUAAUAUUCAUUUGUAACAUUAAGCAAAAAAAAAAACGUUCUUAUUUUAGAAAUUCUGAUUGAUUUUCGACCAUCGUUCUGAACUAGUUCAAUUUUAUUGGAAGUAAUGUCGUUCAAUAAAUCAACUAAAUUUCGUUUGAUUUUUUACGCUCUUACUCUCGUGUUUCAAAUUUACACAAUCGGAAUUCUCUCGGUUUCAAUGCAUUUGGGCAAAUCUUCCUUGUGGCAUCUCGACACGACUCGCCUUGACGAGUUCAAUUUUGACAAAAUAGAAGCUGGUUUUUCCUCUUUUUGCACCACAAAUGGAACUGCAGAGAAAGUCUGCGGAGAAACAGUUCGAAACACAUUAAAGGAAAAGGGACAAAAUCUUGCUGCAUACAGAACUGCAGAUAAAAUGCUGGUUGUCGCAAUCUCGUGGCUACCAUUCUGUUUGUUGCAUGAUGCAGGCCAUGCUAUUUUUGAGCUGUCAAUCGAACUGGGUUACUUUGCAGAAUUCAAUGAUCAGAACAAGAUUGGUUUGAGAAUAUGGAGGUGGACGAGCUCGAUCGCUAUUUCUCUAUCGCAGCUAUUGCUAGUACGAAUUCCCGACGAAUUGAUACGAAGGAACCUCAGUUACCUCGGAACGCAUCCUACAACUAUGUCAGUCUCGGUGAUGCUUCUGUUGUACGCUUUUCUUAACAUGGUUUUGAUGGCAAUCAUACGACCGCUUUGGAUUUUUCGCAAACCAUCAAUAUUUUUUUUCGACAAAAUUCUGCCGUGGUCGACUACGCAUCUAAUUUGUUGUCCAAAAUGCAUAAAAGAGCGAGUUGAAUCAGGAAACUCAGCCCAAACACCAAGAGAAGAUCAAGUUCAGCCAGCCGAGAACAGCCAUAGAAGUUCAGUCCAAAAUUCAGCCCAAACUCCCAGAAAAUCCCAAGCUCAACGGACCGGGGGCAACCAGCGAAAUCCAGAAAUCUUGUCUCCAGAAACAUUUCAAGCUGACAGACAGAAUUCAGAAGCGACUGAGGCCUUUCAAGCCAUCAUUUUGAGGAGUUUGGCUGGUGCUUCUGGGAGUCAGAACCGGAGAGCGAAUCCUGCAACUGAUUUUCAAGGAAUUCGAAGCUCUAAAACAGCGAAAACUCCCAGCGCACCCUCAACUGAGCUCUCAAACAUUGGUGGUGACUCGAAUGAAUGUUCGAUAUGUAAUGAACGUCCCAGAGAUGCUGUCAUUUUGAACUGUGGACAUUCUUUGUGCCAGGUAUGUGGCCAAGAGCUUCGAAGAACAGGAGCGACAUGUCCAUGGGACCGAAGACCGAUUGUGAAUAUCAUUCCAGUCUACAACUCCUAAUUUUUAAAGACUCAUA